UGUUGAUGGUGACUGUGUUUGAGCAUCUCUGUGUUUAUUGCAGAUGGGAAUAUUUUGCUUGCCACCUUCGGGUGUUAUUCCUCUUCAUAAUCAUCCUGGAAUGACGGUUUUCAGUAAACUUCUUUUUGGGACAAUGCACAUCAAAUCGUACGACUGGGUGGCUGACUAUCCUAGAGACACCCCCACCAUUCUCAAACCAACCGAAAUCAAGAGUUCAGAGGUGCGGUUGGCUAAAGUCAAGGUUGAUGCUGAUUUCGCUGCUCCUUGCAACCCCUCCAUCCUUUAUCCUGCUGAUGGAGGCAACAUGCAUCGCUUCACGGCUGUUACAGCUUGUGCAUUUCUUGAUGUUCUUGGUCCUCCUUAUUCAGAUCCUGAUGGCAGACACUGUACCUACUACGUCAAUUACCCUCUUUCUCACUUCUCAGUGAAUGGAAAUGCCGUACCAGAAGAAGAAAGGAAAGGCUAUGAAUGGCUGAGAGAGAGAGAGAACCUUAAGGAUAUAGUUGUGGUCGGGGCAACGUACAGAGGCCCGAAGAUUGCGGAGUAAGCUGAUGUUACUGUCUCUGUCGCUGAGCUCAUCUAGCAAAGUUGUUGGCUGGAUGCUGACAUUCUGUCCAGCAACUGACCUUGUCGCCUUCAUCUUUGUUCUCGUACUUUUGUGGGUUUUUCCCUUUCAUUAUUGAGCAGGUCUACAGUUAACAUGUACAUAUCGAAACAGAGACAGAGAAAGUGAUUCUGCACAGGUAGUUGAAAUUGGAAUGGAGGGUCAUUGAGUUAGUUGUCCGGUAGAGCAUCGUUUUGUUAGACGUGGCAGGUCAUUUCAUAUUAAAUAUCUGAUGAUUCAAAGCUGAAAGCAAUUGAUGUAUUAUCGAGCAAGGUGGUAUAUAUUUGGGCAAAACGAUGACUCUAUGCACUUUGAAAUUUUGCAUGUGAUCGUCAUGAAGGGGAAGCUUCCCUUCAUGAAAUACAGAGCUCAAAAUCUAUAGAAAACAUACCUAAUAUUUAGGA